AUGCCACCUAUCGUUGCUUCUACUUUUGUUCAGGAGGAUCAUAUUCCUGCUAUGGUGAUUUCCCUAGAGGUAGUAGAAACUAUUGUCCCGAUUCUGACUUCUAAAAUGGGUCAGCCAACUACUAUCGUGAGUGAUUUAUUUGCUCGGAGACCUUCACUUUCUCCAUCCCCUUCCAGAAGGGGUCGGGUGAUAGUUUGUACACUCUUGUUGAAGGAGAGCCUUUUUGAAGAUGUUUCCCAUAUUUUGUUCAGGUUUGGGUCCCUUGUUUCUAUUAUAGCUGCUGGCCUGGAUAACAUUUUAGGCUUUGGAGAGCUUUCAAAGGAGGGAGAUGAUUUGAGGAUGAUGUGUGAAGUCCUUGAGAAACAAAAUUCCAAUGUUGAGUAG